CGUAACGGAUCUAUGACAAAAUCGAGCUGUGAGGUAAUGGCUCCUAAACAUGCCUUUUCCCCAAUGGGCUGACGUGCUUAACAUGACCCGGGAUGGACCUCUCCCUGCCGCCUGAAUUAGCGAUUUAGUUCUUUUGUAGUGAGUCAACUGGGGCGUUAAAAUAAACAGGUAAUCAGGGUCUUUAUUUGUUCAAGAGAAGAUGGCGGAGUUCUCACCCGUCCUGCCGAUACGGGAUGGAGGAGGACGAUAUGCCCAGCCCAUCUUCCCGCGGUCCAGGUCCGGUUCCGAGUCUGAAAGCGAACUGUCACAAAGCCUGGCCCGGACCAAGAUCCGCUCGUACGGAAGCACGGCCAGCGUCACGGCCUCUCUGGGGGAGAAAUACAUAGAGCAUCGGGUUACAGACAGUGAUACUCUGCAAGGGAUUGCUCUCAAAUACGGUGUGACGAUGGAGCAAAUAAAGAGAGCCAAUAAACUGUUCAGCAAUGACUGCAUCUUCUUGAAGAACAGCCUCAACAUCCCUGUGGUGUCGGAGAAGCGCUCCAUUUUUAAUGGACUGUCUCUGGAGUCUCCUGAUGGGGACGGUGAAGCAGCAUACCAGGAGGCAGAUACACCCUGUAUUAUGACACAAGAUAUUGAGGGACCCUCACCACCCUCUUCCCCUCCCCCUGAGGACUCCAAACCACCACAGCCUCAGACUCAACCAGAGGAGCUGUCAGCCAAAGACUUCUUACACAGACUGGACUUGCAAAUUAAACAGUCAAAGCAGGCUGCACGCAGGCUAAAAGAAGAGGAAGAAAGGAGCAAUGAGGAGAACUGCACGGACCCCAAAACAUCAUACCAGGAGAUAUAAAGGAGCAGUCUGUUCACACACACAUGCAAACACACACACACACACACACCACCACCACAACCUCAUUGCUUUUGUCUUUUUGUCUUUUUGUCUUUUUGUGUUUACCAUGUUGAACAAGUGUCAUUUUGCCUUCUUAUUUAUUAAAAUGCAACUCUUAUGAUGUAUUUUAUCAUUUCUAUUUUGUAUAGUUUUACUGGGCGUCUUGAGCACAUCUGCCCACCCACUCAGCAUUUGCUGUACAGAACACACCUGCUGCAUAAGUUCUCACACACUCACACACACACAAAGCGCUAAGCAUUUCCAGAAGGAUUAGCUUGUUGCUAACCGCUGCUGAUGUUCUAAAUCUCCUUCUAGAAAUAGAAUCAUUGGAAAGUAUAUUCAGGCCUUCCUCAUCAGUGUUUACCCUGUAUGAGCAAAACCCCAAAUGGAGGCGAACUGUGGACUUGUCUCAUUUUUGCCUCAUAGAAGUUUGUUUUCUUUGGUAAAGGUGGGCAGAGAGCUCUAUUUUUGAAGCGUGAAUGUAUUAUUUAUGUGUGUGGAAAACUGUUUGUAACAGCUAUUUUAUUGUGCUUUAAGAUUCUGUUGGUUUUAUUUGGGAGAAAUAAAUAUGCCUUUAAAACCAA